AUGAAAAUACCGGUUUUUGAGAUUAGCUGCUCUCUGAGAGCUCAUCUCUUCUGUGAGAAUCAUUUGCAUAGUUGCUGGACAUUUUUUAAAUUGUGAUGAGCGAUGGAACAUGAAUGAUUUUGACGGAUCAUACGCUUUAUUAUGUUAUGUUUAUGUUUCAAAACUGUUUUGGUCGAGCGUGAAGCAAUUUUAAAACGAAGACAGCAAAUUAAUAUAGAUUUGAACCUUGAAUUUUGAUCAAAUUCAUGAUAAUUCUAUGGUUUUUGAUAUUUCAAACAGUUUUUGGCAAAAUUUUACUUUAUCUGGGAACACUGUACUUUUGCUAUAUACUUCCACAAAAAAUAGCUUGAUUAGUUUAAAAAGAACCCGUGAUCAGUACAGUCCAUGCAGUUUUGCAAUUAUCUACAUGAAAAUGAAAAGUGGGAUAUAUUUUCUCUUGCUUAUUUUUUCUUGUGCUAAUAUUGUGUUUGGAAAGCUGGAGUAUUUCACUGACAAUCCUCCAGCGCAUUAUUAUCUGCGAAACAAUUUAGCAGAUUGCCCAAGCCGAUUCUACACGGAUCCAAACAAGUAUAACCUACCGAGUAUCCAUGGCGGUGUACGAGCUAGAAGAGGCGAAUUUCCACACAUGGCUGCAAUCGGAUGGACAACUUCGGAAGGCAUCAGGUAUUUAUGUGGAGGUUCGUUGAUAAGCGCUAAUUACAUACUGACAGCAGCGCACUGUUCUGCUAAUGGAGAGGGAAUUCCACCAGACACAGUUCGGCUUGGAGACAUCGACAUAAGUUUGGCAGAAUUAUCACAGUUUGGUCAACAAAUCAAAAUCAAAUCAUUCAAGAAGCAUCCACAGCAUCGAUUCAGUAAAAAAUACUUUGACAUUGCCCUGGUCGAGCUUGAACGGGAGGUCCACUUCAACGAAGCGGUUUGUUCUGCCUGUUUGUGGUUGGAGAAGCACGCCCCGUUGGAACCAAUGGAAGCCAUUGGAUUCGGAACAACCGGCUACGGUGAAGAUCUUAGUCCAAAUUUGCUGAAGGCAAAGCUAUCUGAGAUAAGCAAGGAUGAGUGUUUGAAGCGAUUGCCUAAGAAUUUGCGUUCACUCCGAGAUGGACUCGUUGAGGAGCAGCUUUGUGCGGCAAGUGACCAUCAGGACGCCUGUGAGGGCGAUUCCGGUGGUCCACUGCAGGUCGAGCGGGUAGAUGUUAACAAGAUGGUGAUUCCGUUGAUUGUCGGAGUGGUGUCUUUUGGGACUCCUUGUACUAAUGGUUCUACUGGAGUGUAUACGAGAGUCGCUUCCUAUAAGGAGUGGAUUGAGCACGAGACUGGGCGUUCGUUUGACUAUUCAACUUGUGCUAGAUCAUCGGAAUGCUCAAGCAGAAAGCGUAUCAGAAGCAAUAUCGGAAGUCCACCGUAUUACCCAAUCAAUCGAGUUGGAUUACUUUGGAAUGCUUCCGACUCAAACUUCUACGGUUGUGGAGCAACACUAGUAGAUUACAAAUUCGCAUUAACAUCAGCGUUUUGUGUGAGCUCAAGUCAAGGAUUUCCCAAAUUCGUCAUAUCGGAGAGUACUGAAGAGAUCAUUCCCAUCGUAAAAGUGCACAUCCAUCCAAUGUAUACUUUGGAAAAGCCGGAGAACGAUCUAGCGCUGCUGGAACUGACGAAAUAUUUAAGAAGUGACAGUUAUCUGUUGCCAGCUUGUUUGUGGAGAAAUGAGGAUGAGAAAGAUACCUUCGAAGAUAUGGGUUUUUCAGUAUACAGCAAUUUUGAAACUAUCUCUAGAGGAUUUAUACUUGGCACAACUGUUAAACAUGAUGGGGAAUGUUCACAACAAUUGUUACAAGAGAGGAACCUCUUUUGCGGAAACAAUCCACUUAAAUUUAUUCCAACAAUUUGCAAGGUUGAUUACGGUGGUCCUAUUUCAACGAUUGUUCAGCACAACGUAAAUAUGGAUUUGGUGUUUCUACACGGCGUGGUAUCCUCACUCAAUAAGGGAUGUGACAAGGUUUUGGUUGGAACGCGAGUAGCUCCCCACGUGGCAUGGAUUGAAGAAAUUGUGCUCGGAAUGGAUGGUGAUCAAUUUAUAUUUAGUCCUUGAAUAUAAAUGGCUUAGGAAUAAAAUAUAAUAUUUGUUUAUUA